UGCAAAGUCAUUUAAAUUAAUAAAUAGCCUUGAGGUCAUAUUAGAAAAAAAACCAUGAAAGAAACAAUUUUAGAUGAAUUUGAAAACUCUUCAUCAGAAUAAUGUGACAAUGUUAAUUAUUUACAAAAUGAUAGAAAUUAAAUAAGUAGUUAUGAUGAAGUAGUGAGAUUUCAAUCAUAAAUGAGUGAAAAUAACAUCAGAAAAUAUUAGGCAAACACUUUAUUAAAAAGUUAAAAAGAAUCUAUAAUAGAUGAAUUGUCAGGAUAUUCAGAUGAUAUAAGUAGCUCAUAAUUUGAUGAGAUUAAUUCGGAGGAAAAUUAGGUAGAUUCUUUAAAUGAUAAUUCAAUUGAAUCUAUACCAUGUAGGUUGUCAGGUGAUGACUAUAGUAGUUCAUUUGGUGAUUUGUUUGAUUCAAGUAGUGAUGAGAAUUCUUCAGUGAUAAGUGAUAUUGAGGAAGUGAAUAGUUAAACUUCAUCACGAAGUUUAAGUUUUAGAAGAGAAAUAGCGGAACAAACAAGGAAUUUUCAUCCUAAUAAAUAUCAUAAAAUUACAGAAUACUUGUAAAGUAUUUAGAAAUUAAAAUUUGAUUUAUGUUCGAUAUGUAUAGAGGAAGAUUAUUUGAGAAUAAUGAAAUGUAAGCAUUAUUUUCAUAAUGAUUGUAUCAAUAGAUGGCUUAUUGAGAAAAAUAAUUGUCCAAAUUGUAGAUCUAUUUUAAAUUCUAGCUUCUGA